AUGGGUGCAGUAGAAUUCAUCAUUUGCCAUGCUGAGGUUACACUUGCUUUUGUAGAAGCUAAAAAGAUCCCUGAGGUGCUAAAAACAUUUCCGAAAGCUGGAGAGUAUCUAAAAAUUGCCCCUGAACAAAAAGAACAACGUGAAGGUUUUGGUGUAGCAAUACAUUCAUGGGAGGAGUUCUUGUCAUUGGGUGAUGAUAAACAGUUUGAUCUCCCACUGAAGAAGAAAAGUGACAUAUCUGGUGUUCAUCGUCUGCUAGGGAGUGCAGAUGCAUCAUUGGAUUCAAAUGAUGUUUAUCUCUCGUUUCUACCCUUGGCACAUAUAUUUGAUCGGGUGAUUGAAGAAUAUAUAGGGGAGCUAAAACCUACUAUGUUCUGUGUUGUUCCUCGUGUCUUGGAUAGGAUUUAUUCAGGGGCUGGUCAUUUAGGGAGUGUGAUAUCUUCUGUGGGUCGCUGGAGAAUGAGGCUUGAGGUUCCACGUGCUGAAAUUGAUGAGAUGCUUCCACUUGCUAGGCUUGUUUCUCGAAGUACCGAUCCAGAUCUUCAGUCUAGAUCAAAGGUUGCUAUUUGUAGCAAAGCUCUAUCUAGUCUAGGGCUGUAUAAAUAUUAUAUGAUUUCAGGUGAUGGUGUUCCCCAUUACCUUAAUGUUGAUCUUGCAUUGGGAGAUAUACGUGUUGCGAAGUGUAUCAAGUCUGACUACCCAUGUGUCCCAUUGGAGAAAGCUCAAGGUACCACUGAUGAUCGUGGGAAAGCGCCGACAUGA